CUUCACAGACUGCCAAUGGUUCUUUUCGCUUUUCAGUCUGCGUUCAAUGUGGGAUCAAGAUGGUUCAACGAAUCAAGGACCCCGAUGCGGUAUAUUCUUAUCUCUUUGUACGAGCGCAAGGUCGCUGUCCAAUACGGCAACACAGUAAACGAGAGCAGUCCUUAUAUAUGAUGAGUACUCGCACAGGACUGCCAUUCUCGAUAUCUCGCAUUCCAAGAAUCUGUCUCUGUUGCAAUACUCUCUAAUUUCAACAAUCGUCUGCCAAAACAUUCUGUCUCGUUACAAUACAGCUCCAGGGGCGUUCACUACACCAUCUAUUCGGACUCGCUUCAAAUCCUUC